UUCGUCACUGAAUUGUGCACUGAACCAAACAUCUUAGCAUACUUAUUUCACCAGAACAAAUCGCACGCUUCAAACAUCACGAUGUCUUCAGUCCCAGAAAACAUGAAGGCCCUCCGGCUCAACAAAUUCAAGGAGAAUUACAAGCUUGAAAGAAUCCCCAUUCCUAAGCCCCAGGGAAACGAGGUCUUGGUCCGUAUUGCCGCGGCAAGCUUCUGUCACACGGACUACCAAGUUUACGAAGGAGCCUACCAUACCGAACUUCCCCACACCGGCUCACACGAGCCCGUCGGCACCAUUGCGGCCUUAGGUCCCGAUGCUUCCAAGAAGUGGAAAGUCGGUGACCGGGUGGGCGUAUACCUCUUCCGGGAGCCAUGCGGAUCGUGCGCGGACUGCAAAUGGUAUGCCGCCGAGCACGAGGGCAAGCUGAAUGCACGAUACUGCAAGAACAAGACUAUGGGCGGAAUCUUGAAGGCAGACGGAGGGUUCGCAGAGUACAUGAUAUCUUUUGACGAUGCCAUCAUGCGGAUUCCAGAUGGACUGCCUUUUGAGCAGGCGGCACCGCUAAUGUGCGCCGGUUGCACGAUGUGGACGGCCAUUCUCCAAGCCAAAGCAAAGAAGGGGUCUACGAUGGCUAUUCCGCGACAACGCUUCCAACAUGGACAUCAUUCCAAAUAGCUU